CAAACACACACUCCCCCGUUAAACAUGUGUGUGUAUGUGUGUGUGUGAGUGUCCUCCUCCUUCAGUCUCUCCAUGGCUGGAUUGUGGCAGCAGCUCAGCUCCCUGUGGCAGGUUCGAGCUCCGGCUCUCCUCCACCUCAUCUGUCUUCUCUACCUAACCUCAGAUGCUCUUCCCUCGGAUACCAAAGCCAGCCCACCCCCUCUGGAGAGGUUUCAGGUAGUGAAGGGGAAUUUCUCUCGGAUUUUCCUCCAUGUUGGCUACCAUAAGGUUGCAGAGAUUCCUGCAGGAGCACGCAACAUCAGCAUACAGGAGACGAUAAAGAGCCGAAACUACCUGGCUCUGCAGACCAAAAGUGGUCUCUCCAUCAUCAAUGGCAACUGGGUGAUUGACAGGCCAGGGAUCUUUAUUGCUGUAGGAACACGGCUGACGUACCAACGACCCAAUGAAAUCCGCUCUCGCAACGGGGAGUCCAUCACUGCACCCGGGCCGUGA